AUGAACAAGGACAAUCAAAAAAGACAAAGCAGACCACCAGCUUGCCAACCUGUAAAAGCCGAAGUAUCCGCAGAUUCUCAAGCCACAAUCGACAAUAGACCAAAAAAUGGCUGUCGACCCUCUAAUAAUGUUUUCCAACCUUGUGAUAAUGUUUGUCAACCUUGUGAUCAACCUUGUAAGGAUGUUUGUCGACGAGAUGAGCAUGUCAAUAUACAGUCAAGGCAAUUUGAUAAUGUUUUGUGUAGCAGCACCCCCUGUAGCGUUAGUCCAUACCCCGGAUUUGAGAGUUUGAAUUAUGAUACAUGCGGGCUUGAACAACCACCACCUGAGAUCUUUACAGCACCUCAAU